AUGUCGAAACAACGGAGGGGCCCCUGGUCCCAGCGUGAAGACGAUGUACUCCUCCGACUCGUCCACAUGCAAGGCGCACUGAAUUGGGUGGGUAUAUCGCAGCAGCUGCAAUCACGGUCGGCCAAGCAAUGCAGAGAGCGAUACCACCAGAAUCUGAAGCCCACUUUGAACCACGAGCCCAUCUCCCCGGAGGAAGGGGCCCUAAUUGAGAGGCUAGUGGGUGAGCUGGGAAAACGCUGGGCGGAGAUCGCGAGGAGGUUGGAUAACAGGAGUGACAAUGCCGUCAAGAAUUGGUGGAACGGCAGUAUGAACCGCCGGAAGCGUCUAACGCGCAGGAAUCUCACAGGCCUCGGUGGGCAGGCAGAUUCUCAGGUCCGCCGCUGCUCACGAUCCUCGGACGAGUCGGAUCUCCGUGUCUUGUCACCGUUCCUAUCACACUGUCACGGCUUUGCCCCCCCUCAGGCCUCUUACCACCACACCAACCCCCGGUCGUGGAACUACCGCACGGGGCUUCCGUCGCCCUCCUUGAAUUCGUCCUGCGUCGAGUCCUCGGCCACAUACCCCCCGUCGAGAUCGCAUUCGAUGGCGUCUCGUCAGGUUCCUUAUCCCGGGAGAGCCCUGCCUAGGCCUCCUUCCGCCCUGCCUGCGUUGCGAAUCGGCGAUGAGGAUCCGUCGAUACGCCCGAUACGACAUCCUACCCUUGGCCUUAUGCCAUUUCCUGCCGCCAUUAGAAGCGUUGACUUGCGACUGCCCCCGAUUGCUAAAUUUGCUGGCAAUGGCCAUCAAUUACCUACCGCGCCAAGCUCGCCGCAGGAUCACCGGCCCAAACUCCGGCCGCAAUCGGCAGUGACAGCAGGUGGGUUGGAAUAG